AACAAUGACCAAUCUAAUAUAUCUGACUUACCAAUUCCACUUCAACAAAUACUUCUGUCAAAUUACUUAUACAAAGUGACGAAUUAUAGUGAACCUAAACUGAUAGUUACUGCAAAAAAAGUUACAAUCAAACAAAUUAUUGUUGAUUUAUUUGUGCAUAUUAACAUUGAAGACAUUAAAGAUAACAUAUCAGAAUAG